CAUUUUUUCUUCUUCUUCUCUCUCUCACCCUUUCCCCCUCUCUCUUUCUCUCUCUCUCUCUCUCCCCUUUACCUCUUUCACCCUCCUUUCUCUCUCUCUCUUUCUCUCUCUCACCCACCCUUUUCCUCCCCCCUUAUCUUUCACCCUCCUCCUUCUUUGAUUCUCUUACUCUCCCUUUACUUCUCUCUCCCUCUCUCACCCUUUACUUCUCUCUCUUUCUCUCCCUCUCCCUUUUACCUCGUUUGCCCUCAUCAUCUCUAUCUCUUCUUUAUCUCUCGCCCUUUUCCUCUUUCUCUAUCUCUCUGUCCCUUUACUUGUCUUUCUCUCCCCUUUACCUCUCUUUCCCUUUACCUCUCACCCUCCUCUCUCUCACCCUUUACCUUUCUCUCUCUCUCCUCUCACUGUCCCCUUUACCCCUCUGUCUCUCUCUGUCUCUCUCUCUCUCUCUCUCUCUGCAUUGACGGUGUUAGUCCUCUGUUCACACACUCCUCUCUCCCAGCAGAGAGUGUGUGUGUGUGUGUGUGUGUGUGUGCAGAGUGUGUGACGGUCUCAUCCUCACUCUCUCGCUCACUCUCAGCCGGAGAGGAGACAAUGCGAGUGUAGAGGAGCGUUCAGAUCCACCGUGCACUGCGGAGAGAAGCACACCGUUUCCAGCUCUGCGCCUCUGAACAGGCAUUAUGGGGACUCUCAGAGAUCUACAGUUUGCGCUCCAGCUGAAGAUUGAAGAGUUGCGGCAGAGAGACGCUCUGAUUGAUGAACUGGAGCUGGAGCUGGACGCCAAAGAUGACCUGAUCCGCCGCCUGCAGGGAGAGCUGGACCGUCUGCGGGUCACUCUCGGUGCUCCUGGGUCGUCCACAGGGCAGCACCGGGCUCCCUCAUUAAGGGCGAAGAGAAGAGCUGUGGUAACAGAGCCUACAGACCUGGACCCCAAACUGCUCUUACAAAACCCUCCAGUGAGCCACAGCAAGAGCCAAGACUCUCAGAGAGUGAUCGAGGCGGCGCUGAUGGAGAACGAGUGGCUGAGGUUUGUGGGCAGAGAGCAGCUGCUGGCGCUGGUGGACUGCGCUUACCCCACCACAGCCGGCCAGGGGGUGAAGGUCUUUCAGGAGGGAGAGGAGGCGUCUCACGCAUUCAUAGUGGAAGAGGGGAAGCUGGAGGCGUCCAGAGCUGGUCAGAAACUGCACAUCAUUGAGGCGGGGACAGUCUGUGGAGAACUGGCUCUGCUUUAUAACCACACCUGCACUAAUACUGUCACAGCCCUGACGAGUAGUAAAUUGUGGGUGAUUGAGCGUCAGAUGUUUCAGAGAAUCAUGCAGAGGAGCGGCCUUCUGAGAAUCACUCAGAAUCUGGAUGUUCUCCGCAGUGUGCCGUUGCUCUGUGCCCUGCCUGACGACAUUCUCAUUAAAGUCUCGGAUGCUCUGGAGGAGUUUCAUUACAGUGAGGGGGACUACAUCAUUCGACACGGCUGCCCAGGAGACGCCCUCUUCAUCGUUAGCCGCGGCCAGGUGAGGGUGUUGGAGAGGCGCUCCAUCAGCGAGGAGAGUGUCUGCGUGUCCAUCCUUUCUCGAGGCAACUGCUUUGGGGAGAGAGCUCUGAAAGGAGAGGUAGUGAGGUCUUUGAGUGUCGCUGCUGCAGGUGAUGUCACAUGCCUGGCCAUAAACAGAGAGUCUCUGAAGAGGUGUAUAGGAGAGCUGGACGAUGCCAGGGAGAAUGGGACCAAUGAGCCAAAAGCCAAGGCAGAGGAGGAAGGGGCUGAACUGUGUGACGUAUCGUCCAGUGACGUCCAGGUGCUGUGUAAUGUGGGAGAGGGACGAUAUGGCAUCACACAACUGGUGCACUUAAAGAACGACGGCAGCCGCGUGUUUGCGCUAAAGAUAAUAAGAAAGCAUGCGGUAGUGAGCCCAGGCCACCGAGAGCGAAUCUUCAGUGAAAAGCAAAUCAUGAUAGACACCCACUGUCCUUUCAUCGUCCGGCUGUAUCAGACCUUUAGAGAUGGGAAGUGCCUUUACAUGCUGAUGGAGGCGUGUUUAGGUGGAGAUCUGUGGACCUUGCUGAAGGAGAGGGGUCCGUUUGAUGAGAAUGCAGUCCGUUUCUACACAGCGUGUGUGUUGGAGGCUCUGAGUUUCCUCCAUAGCCAAGGUGUCCUACACCGAGACCUCAAACCAGAGAACGUUCUGCUGGACCACAAAGGAUACGCCAAACUGGCAGGGUUUUCCUCUGCUAAGAAGCUGGGCACCCUGCAGAGAGUCUGGUCAUUCUGUGGGUCAGUGGGUUAUCAAGCCCCAGAGGUCAUCCUGCUCAGAGGUCACAGCGCCACAGUGGAUUAUUGGGCUUUAGGAGUGUUUGUGCAUGAGUUACUGAACAGCAGUCCCCCAUUCUCAGGCCUGGAUCAGUUAAAGGUCUAUGCAGCGGUUUUGAGGGGGAUUGAUGCUGUAGAGUUCCCAAACACAAUGAGCAAGCCUGUGGUCGAUCUCAUCAAGAGACUCUGCAGAGAGAACCCCACUGAGAGACUGGGCCAGAGGAAUGGGGUCAAGGACAUCCGUGGACACAAGUGGUUUGAAGGAUUUGAUUGGUUGGGCCUGCGCGACGGCUCACACGCUCCACCGAUAGUACCAAAUGUCCACAGUCUUCUGGAUCGAGGGGCAGACAGUUCAAGCAGUGAGAACCACACAGAUUUAUCACCAGUUGAUGAUUCGGAUUGGGACAAAGACUUUUGACCUGUCCAUCAGUCAGAUGUAUCCUGUAGAUGGACUAAUGGACUAACCGCAAUGGACGUUACAUAUUUAAAACUAAGAAACUAUCUCAGUUCGUCAUUUAACAGAAUUUGCUUUCAGUCAAACAAAUUACUUUCCUCCUGGAUUUACUUUAUAUUCUGUCUAAAUCCAAUCAUCUUCUGUUUGUAGUAUCUGGCUGUUAUCUGUGUUCUGUUUCCACUAAAGCCCUCAAGUGUGAACCUUAA